AUGGAGGCGGCGGCGGAGCAGAGGCUGAGCGGCGGCGGUGUCACAAAACCCCGGAUAAGCUGCAGCGGAGAACUGGAGCUGAAAACGACCCUGCAGGAGCUGGUUGUCUACCUCAUUUUCCUUAUCACUCUCUGUCUAGUGACAUUUGGGAUGGUGAGCACCAACAUGUAUUACUUGAACGAAGUGAUGUCACGUCUCUUUCUGGAACAGUCUUCUGCUGAAGAUCACGGGAUUGAUUUUGAGAGUAUUAGGAACGUGGCUGAUUUCUGGAAAUUUGCAGAGGGACCCCUCUUGGAUGGACUCAGUUGGGACAAAUGGUAUGGCAACACGACAUCAGCCCUCCAGGAAAACACCAGCCAUAUUUACUAUGAGAAUUUAUUGUUAGGAGUAGCCCAGGUUCGCCAGCUGAAAGUACGCAAUAACACCUGUUCCAUCUACCCAUACUUCCAGAAUUUCACAAAAGACUGUUACUCCACGUACCGUUAUAAAGCAGAAGACAAGUCUGACUUUGGUCUAAAGAACGGAUCUGAAUGGAAAUAUACUUCUGCCCCUUCUUUAUCCCCAUGGUACUGGGGAGCUGCGGGCUUUUACAGUAGUGGAGGAUUUAUGUUCACCUUACCGAAAUCAAAAGAGGAGAGCAGAGAGAAGUUGGAGUUUCUCAGGCAGAAUGGUUGGCUCACUAGAGGAACCAGGGUUGUAUUUAUUGACUUCUCAACAUAUAACGCUAACGUAAACCUUUUCUGUAUAAUCAGGUUGGUGGUAGAGUUCCCUGCCACCGGGGGUGCUCUCACCUCCUCACGUAUCUACUCUGUGAAGCUCCUCAGAUACAUCUCGUUUUAUGAUUACUUCUUGGCUUCUUGUGAAAUCGCCUUCUGCCUCUUUAUCAUUACAUUCAUAAUCCAAGAAAUGAUAGAAAUAAAAAAACUGAAGAUGGAAUAUUUCAAAACUGUCUGGAACUGGCUGGAUUUGCUGCUGGUAGUGGUAUCCAUCCUUGCCAUUGGCUUCAAUAUCUACCGCACCAUGGCAGUGUCCCUGCUAAUGGAAAAGCUGCUCUCUGAUGAGAAUGUUUAUCCAGACUUCUAUUUCCUUGCUUUCUGGCAAAUCCUUUAUGACAACAUGAUUGCCGUCAGUGUCUUCUUUGCUUUUAUGAAGAUAUUUAAAUAUGUAAGCUUUAACAAGACUAUGACACAGCUAUCCUCCACUUUAUCUCGCUGUGCCGGUAACAUCUGUGGAUUUGCCGUCAUGUUCUUCAUCAUUUUCUUCGCCUACGCACAGUUAGGCUAUCUGGUCUUCGGGCCGCAAGUUGAAGACUUUUCUACUUUUCUAAACUGCAUCUUUUCGCAGUUUCGUAUUGUGCUGGGAGAUUUUAAUUUCCAAACCAUAGAAGUAAACAGCAUCCUUGGACCUAUUUACUUCAUCUCAUUUGUAUUCUUUGUGUUCUUCAUAUUGCUGAACGUGUUUUUGGCUAUUAUAAACGACACCUAUUCAGAAGUCAGAGCAGAUUUUGCAGGGAUACCCAGUCAAGAAAUCCACAUCAAAGACCUCAUCAGACAGAGUUGCAAUAAGACCCUUGUCAAGCUCAAACUGAAGAAACCAGAGAUGGGUUCAGGAGAUGAGAACCUGAAAAGGUAGGAUCUCAGCCCAGACUUCAGCAUUUACUCCCUGGACCUAGAACAGACCUAUUCUCACAGGACUUCUGUCUCUUCUUAUCUGUGUGAAUGAGAAGCAAG